AAAAAAAACACGAAUCAGCGAAAUGAAGCGCAAGUUAGGAAAUUGGCUUUCUCUUCCUCAGAAUUUACCGCUUUAAAACCAACGCCCGACGCUCUUUCUUCUCUCCCAAUUCUUAAUUUUUCUCUCAUCUUCUUCAACAAUGGCAGAAUCAAAGACAAAAUUUGCAGAAGUCAGGGAAUGGAUCGUCGAACACAAGCUUCGUACCGUUGGUUGUUUAUGGCUUAGUGGUAUCUCUGGUUCAAUCGCCUAUAACUGGUCAAAACCUGCCAUGAAAACCAGUGUCAGAAUCAUCCACGCUAGGUUGCAUGCUCAGGCGCUGACAUUAGCCGCUCUGGCUGGAGCAGCUGCAGUGGAGUACUAUGAUCACAAAUCUGGAGCCACUGAUAGAAUCCCAAAAUUUCUGAAGCCUGAUAACUUAAAUAAGGACUAGAAACCCUUACCAUGGCUCAUGCCUAUUCUGUUAUUGUAGGCAUAUUUUAGCUAAUGAAAACUUCAUGUUUUGUAAGUUCUUUUGGUAUUUUGAAAUGGCUGAUACCUAUUUUGUUAAUUUAGGCAUACUAUAGCCUUGCAGAUUGACUGCAACAUUCGGGAUGCGAAAAUGUAAGAGUUUCAUACAGACACUAAAUGAAUAAAUAUAUAUUUUAUUAAGCAUGGUCAUUUCA